UCAUUCUAGAACAACAUCAGCGUGAAAUAUCCGGCAGAUGGCGCAUUAUUAACCGGAACAACAUAGUUUCGAAUUCGACGCAAUAAAAACGAUAUAAACGAUAAUUAUCAGAGUUUAUUUAUUAAAAAUAAAAUAAUUAUCAAAGAUAAAUCGGUGAAAUUUUCGUAUUACGUCUCGAUAAAUUGUAGAAGCGUGUACUACAUUUGACCAAUGAGUAUUUUCGAGCGAUGCUGUGGCCAUGUUUGUUUAGUUUCGAGGGGAUGAAAAGUGAACACGAACGAAGCUUUUGAAUGGGACUCGCGCGAGGGUGGAUACAUCGUUGAUUCGCCGACGUUUGACGUGUGCAUCCUGAUGAAUUAAAGGAUAUGUGCUCAAGUGUAUUAUCAAGUUUUAAAAGAAGUUAUCAAAAUGUAUAUUUAACAUUUAUGAAGAACUUCAUGGAUGGUUAACAAAACAUAACUAUUAUCCAGAAUGUUCUUGCUUGAGGCAUUCUCUUUACUGAUGUAUAAAGCUGUUUGCUAAAGAUAGCAUACUCCUGAAUCAGUAAUCGUACAUGCAACCAGAUGAAUAUUUUUAGUCAAAGCUUGUUUGCUGAUUUGGUGCAUGAAUUAGAUUUAUAAAAAGCAGAGACAUUUAAUUUUUCUUUUGAAAUGUGGUUAAGAAGUGAACAUGUGAGUAGAAGACUGCGCGGCCGUUUAUACAUAAGCGGUGUGUCAGGAAGUAAGACAUCUACUAGCAGAGUGCAAGGAACAUCUGCACGGAAGGUACCAUUCAUCUCUAGCAGUAAUCACCGCAUAAAUACAUUACGUAAAUGCAGCAGAUUAACUCGGUGGAGACAUAGAUCUCCAAAUUUUUUAAAAGAGGCUUGUAAAGAAAAUGUUUUACAUUUUGCCAAAUCUUCGCCUAGUAGACGUGAGAGGGGCCCUCGUAGAAGAAAAUGUAUAAAACGAUCCAUGGUUACAUCAACUCCUUUACAUCGCACUACACAAAAGGAUAUUAUUCUUCCACCAAAAGAAACCGUAGAAUCUAAAAUUUCAGAAGAAUCCAAGGAAAACUGGAAUAUAGCUAUUUUAUCACUUUAUUCAUCAAGUUUGAAUACUGAUUUGUUUUGUACGCCAACACCAUCACAAGAUUUUAAAUUUUCAACUGCAGGAACAUCAUCAUUGACUGAUCUAAUGCCUCCAGCAUCUCUAGGAUCUCAUUUAGACCUUUCAUGUUUUCUUGAUGACGAAGGAAAUAGAAAUACAGAUAUUCUGUCAUUACAUUACUCUGCGCUUUGUUUACCAAAUGAAAUAUCUGAAGAAAAUCAUAGCUUAAUGCACUCAACAUCAAUGUAUAGCACUCGCAGUACAUAUUCAUCUGAAAAAUAUUUUGGAAGUGGAAAGUAUCCAUUUAUCAAUAACAAUGAGAACAAUAGUAGUAUAUCAAAAAGUCAGUAUACCAUUGAAAAUGAUUCAUCCAAAUUUGAAGGAACUGUGGAUUAUUCCACUCCCAAAUAUAAUACUUCUACAAGUGUAUAUGAUAUAGAUGCUCAUCAUCCUUCUGAUACAAAUGGUAAUAUUAAUAUGAAAUAUGAUGCUGAAGAUAUUGACAGUGAAUAUCAUGACGCUGAGUAUAUGGAAGUUGGUAGUGAAGAGAUAGUAGAAACUUGUGAUGUUGAAAAUAUGGUUACUCAAGUACAAGAGGAAUGGGAACCAUUUGAUCCAUAUGUCUUCAUCAAACAUUUACCACCUUUGACUCCAGCAAUGAGAGCCAGAUGUCCGGCUUUACCUCUUAAAACACGAAGUAGUCCAGAAUUUAGUUUAGUAUUAGAUUUGGAUGAAACUCUCGUACAUUGUAGUUUACAAGAAUUGUCUGAUGCAGCAUUUCAAUUUCCAGUAGUUUUUCAAGAUAUAACAUACACAGUGUUUGUUAGAACUCGACCAUUUUUUCGUGAAUUUUUAGAACAUGUAUCAUCGCUAUAUGAAGUAAUACUCUUUACCGCAAGUAAACGAGUUUAUGCAAACAAAUUAAUGAAUCUUUUGGAUCCAACAAGAAAAUUGAUUAAGUAUCGCUUAUUCAGAGAACAUUGUGUAUGUGUUAAUGGAAAUUAUAUUAAAGAUUUGUCUAUACUUGGAAGAGAUUUAUCUAAAACUGUGAUCAUUGAUAAUAGCCCGCAAGCAUUCGGAUAUCAAUUAGAAAAUGGCAUCCCUAUAGAAAGCUGGUUUGCUGACCGUUCAGAUAAUGAAUUAAUGAAAUUAUUACCAUUUUUAGAAAAUUUAGUUAAUUGGGGUGGAGAUGUUAGACCACACAUUAGAGAACAAUUUCGAUUGUUCAGUUUUUUACCACCAGAUUAAUUAAGGUACCAUAUUAAAAUUUAAUACUGACUGAAGUAUAGGAUCAAAAAAAAAAUCCUAUUAUCAGUCUUCAGAUGUGCGUGAAAGCGUGUGUGCAAUGUGUAUAUCCGUGGUGAAAAAUUCAAACAAUUAUUCUAUACGCGUAUAACACAUUAUGCGUAUAUCGUUAUUAUACUCAAUGCAAUGUCUUAAGAGAGUGUGCCUGAUGAAGAGUAGAACUAAAUUCAUAGACCUGAAAGGUCUAAAAACAUUAUUUGUUAUUUAAAGGAUAAUUGUUUCUCUAAUGGAAGGAACACUUUACAAAAAAUUUAUUGAUAUUUCACUAAUUAUCUUUACGCAUAAAUAUAACAAAUAUUAGUGAAUUACAUUCGACAGUUUCAUGCAACCUUAAGAGAUAGUUCAUGCUUUCCAAUUCCAUAAUGGAAUCACUUUCGAUCGUCUACCGUUAUAUAAUAAUACAAAUACAACAUAAAUUUAAGAAUAUCUUCGAAGAUUUCAUGUUGCACGAGAUUAAAAAUUAAUCGAUUUUGACAAUUAAUUUCUUUAUAUAUCAAAUCUGUGUUUUAGUAAGUCAGUGAUAUCACAUAACGACAAUAGCAUUACUAAUUACAAUCUUAUGUAAUGCAAGAUUACAAAGUUAAAGUUUUUAUUUUAUAUAUAUAUUUUUUUUUUAAUUUCAUCACUUGAACAUGUCUAACAAUACCAUAAAUAAUAUUUAACACUUUAUCUAUAUAAUACUUUUCUGAAAUAAUAUCUGAUUUUUUGUAUAAUUUAUCAAUUUCCUAUAUAUUUGCAUUAUUUAUUAAAAUUAGUUCCUCUCGGUAAUAAUAUUCCAUAAAAAUAGUUUUUAUACAUAAUAUAUUUUAUUAAAAUUUAACCAAUUUCUGGCCAUAUGAAUUUUAUUUUUCAAAGAAUAUGCAUUUCUUUUUAUUAUUUUUACAUUAUAAAAAAUAAUAAUUUCCUUAUAUACGAAAUAUUUCCUAAAAAUAUGAUGUAAUACUGUUACAUCAAUUUGUUUUAUUCAUUACUUGUUAUUCUAGUAAAUCCCAUAAUUUAUCAAAGUUAAUAAUGAGCACUAAUUAUACAGAGAAAGUUCGAAAUUAUAUUUAUGAACAUGGGGGAAAAGAGAAUAUGUAAUUCUUUUUCGAAGUAAAAAAAUAGUAUAAAUAAAUUUAAACAAUCAAAAUAAUCAAAAUUAUACUUUAUUAUCUUUGAGUAUUCAUUAUUUUUUAAUAAUAUACCAACUUCUCUUUUCUCCUUCAUUCCCAUUUAAAUUAAUAGCAUUACAACAAUAGUGUCAUUUAUUUUUAACAUACAUAUACUUUUCAUAGUAAAUAUGAGAACAUUUGUUUAGAAGCAUAUAAAUAUACACGAAUAAACCUCCAAACUUUUUCUGACUUCCAAAUAUACAAUAUUUCUUUUUUUUGCAUUUAAAACUUAUAAGUAUAUAUAAAUAUAUACUUCUAAUUAAAGUAGUUGCACAUGAAUUUGCAAUACAUAUGCAAAAAAGGUGGAGAGAAAAUUAUAGAGUACAAUAUUCAGAGACGAAUGAUGAGCUAUCAAAUAUGUGUACCUUAAGUACAAAAUGUUAAUUAUACUAAAAAUAUUUGGCAGUAGUUGUUUAAAGAUGAGAGUAAUUCGUAUUCACAAAUUUAGUAAAAGCUUCUAUGGGAACAUUUUGAAAUAGUUUUACUAUAAAUGUAUUUUAUUAAGCUUAAGUCAUUAUGAAAAUCAUUGUUAUUUCAAUAUGAGAAAAAUAUAAACUUGGAGACGAUUUGCUUAUAAAUAUAUAGAAAAAUGACAUACUCAUCAUAGUUACAUGAAAAAUAUGAUCUCAACCCUGAUAUCUUAAUAAAAUGAAAAUCUUUCGUUAAUUACAUUGUUACGAUAAAGUAUUAUAGCCUGAAGAUUGUUUGAAUACAUUAUGUAUAAGAAUAUAUUAGUAAUUAUAUAAUUAUAUGUAUAUGUGUGUGUAAUAUAAUUAUAUAAUUAUACAUGAUAGAUAAAUGCAGGUUUAUAAAAUCAUAUGUAAUUUAUAAUCUGUAUCAAAAAAAAAAUUGACUAAGAUAAUACAUAACAUUAUAAUAAAAAAUGUAUUGUCUUGGAAAUUUUUAUGAUUUCCACAAAAAACCACACGCACAUGGUUGGCAUCAAAUUUUAAAUUGCAAUACAUUUUAAAUCAUGUUAUUAUAACAUAUGCUUACCAUAUGCAUGUAUUAACAUCUCAUAUACAUUAAAAUUUGUAUAUUCUUUCAUUAUCAAUUGUUGCAUAUUUUUUGAGUUAUUCUAUACAAACAUGUAUAUCAAUAUUAACUACCUGUAAAACAGUACAUUCAAUCAGUAAUGUUAGAAAAUAAUUGUGAGAAUCUUUAAUGCUAAUGCAUAAUAAAAUUUUAGAAAAUGUCAUACUCGAGUAAUCAUGAUAUAUAAAUUAAUUUUUGCAAAA